AUGAAGAAGAAACAAAACCAAAUCACCUUUGGCUUCUGCGACGUCAACACUGGACAACGAGUAUAUCCCGCCCUCACCGACUUGCCUGACAAGCUUCCGCCUGCCCAACAAUUUUACACUUCCGAAGACAACAUGUACGCUGUUAUUACCUGUUCACCGCCAAUUGGCCAGCCCACAACCGUUUCCAGAGAUCAGGAUACUGUAAAGGCUCUUUCUAUCUUAAACGAAGAGAAGAUCAAAGUCUCGAUCUGGCACAACCAGAAAGGUCAGCACGAUUGGUCAGAACUUCCUCUCCAGGCAUCCAGUGACUUCGAAGAUGUUCUUUCUGGCAGACCCAAUGAUCUUCGACCCGUGUCUUUCACUGUCAAAUUCCAGAUUGGUGAUGAUGCAGGAUGGAAGUGGAUCAAAGAUCAAAGCGGGCUGGAUGAUGGGCAACUGCAUUAUCAACAGUCUCACGAAGAGUUAGGCUUUCCUGCAUACUUCAGCGGCACUAGCUCCGAUCUCAACAUUCGCAAGACGACUGCCGAUACUCCCAAAACCAAGCUGUACUCUAUCACGGCGUCUAUCGAGCCUGCCAAAGGCAAAGAUUCUGGCUACAGUAGAUAUGUUCUGGGCACACCAAAAGACUUCACCCGCUGGUUCUCUCUAGUACGGCUGUGGAGCCCCUGGCUAGCUCCACGUCAAGGCAAAGACAAGUUCUAUCUAGACAAAGAUGCUGUUCUAGCAGCUUUUUUACGACACGACGGAGCUCAUGUUGUUUGUCUCGCUAUUAGUGGCGUCGAGGAUGUUCUCACCAUCUUCCAGCAUGAUGACAGCGGUAAUGUUGUUAUACAAGGUCGUAACGAUCGCGAGAAAGAAGGCACUAGCCACAUAGUCGUUGCAGUCGCAGAUUCUUUUGAGGUAGCGAACGCUGCAGUCAUGUAUCAUGCAAGAAAGAUAGUCGGAGGCUACGAGUCAGUUUCUGGUGAGGUGGAAGCCGAAACCAAAACUCUGAUGGACAAGAACGUCAAGGCCGAAUGGCUCGAGGAGUGGUAUGAUGGCUUCACCUACUGUACGUGGAACGGUCUGGGCCAAAAGCUCACCGUCGACAAGAUCAACGAGGCCUUGGAGUCGCUGGAGAAAGAGAACAUCAUCAUUGAAAAUUUGAUCAUUGAUGACAAUUGGCAGUCGUUGUCGGAGGGCCAGACACAGAUGGACAGAGGCUGGACUGACUUCGAUGCGAACAAGGAGGGCUUCCCACAGGGUCUCAAGCAUGCUGUCACAGACAUUCGCAAGAAGCAUCCAAACAUCAACCACAUCGCAGUAUGGCACGCGAUCUUGGGCUACUGGGGCGGUGUCGCUAAAGAUGGUAACAUUGCGAAGAACUACAAGACAACAAAGGUCCAAAAAGAGCCGGGAGUUGCAGAAGGCGAGAUGCUCGUUGUCGAAGCCUCUGACGCUCAGCGCAUGUACAACGACUUUUACUCAUUCCUAAGCGACUGUGGUAUCACUGGAGUCAAGACUGACGCUCAAUUCUUCUUGGAUAUGAUUGUCGAUGCACCCGAUCGCCGAAAUUUGACAACCGAGUAUCAGGAUGCUUGGACAAUCGCUCAUCUUCGCCACUUUGGCUCACGAGCUAUCUCUUGCAUGUCUCAAUCACCUCAGUUGCUCUUCCAUUCGCAACUACCGACUAACAAGCCCCGACUUCUUGUUCGCAACUCCGAUGACUUUUUCCCCGAAGUACCAGCUUCUCACCCUUGGCAUAUCUUCUGCAAUGCCCACAACUCUCUGCUCACCCAGCAUCUCAAUGUGCUGCCUGAUUGGGACAUGUUCCAAACAUCACAUGAAUGGGCUUCUUUCCAUGGUGCAGCUCGCUGCGUGUCUGGUGGACCAAUCUACUUCACUGAUUAUCCUGGCAAGCAUGAUAUCAAAUUGAUCAACCAGAUGACUGCUAGGACUACACGAGGCAAGACUGUCAUCUUGCGCCCAUACAACAUCGGCAAAAGUACGAGUGCCUACACUGGCUACGAAGAUCACGCCCUCCUGAAAGUCGGCACCUACCACGGAUACGCUCGCACUGGCACAGCAUAUCUGGGUAUCUUCAACUGCACACAGCGCCCACUAUCUGAACUCGUUCCCUUGUCAACCUUCGCAGGCGCUGAGGAAGGCAAAUACGUAGUUCGCGCUUUUACCACUGGUGCAGUCAGCAAGCCCAUGUCUUGCGGCGAGAAGAAAGCUCUGGCUGGUGUCGAGAUUGGCGUGGGCGGUUGGGAGAUUCUGUCCGCUCAUCCCGUUCACGAACACAAGCUCCAUCGUAGCGGUCCUGUUGCAGUAUCUUGCCUUGGUCUCAUUGGUAAGAUGACUGGUGCAGCCGUCAUAAUCAGCAGCGACAUCUAUGUCGACAGUCAAGGAAAGUUGAGAUACUCUGUCCUCAUAAAAGCUCUGGGCGUACUUGGCUUCUGGAUUGGCGAUCUGAGCAAGAGUUGGAAUGUCGAGAAAGACAUGUUGGUCUUGAUCUUUGGAAAGCAAAUUCCUGAACACUGUGUUAGUGUCAAUGGAGAUGUUUUGGAGAUUGACGUGGAUAGAGCUUGGAAGGAAACUGGACAGAAGGCUGGAUGGUCGAAUGAGAUUGAGCUCAUCAAGAACUCGAUCGACUUCAUUAUCGAAGCCGCUGGCCAGAUGCUCUUGACAUAG